AUGCAACCUAGCGAAGCUGAUACGGAAAGUGCUGUAGACCUGCCUUGGCAGAGGAAAGAAGACCAACAAUGGGGCUUUCAUAUCGGUGAUGUUGUCCAGAUAGGGCAGGGUUUUAUCGAAAAGUGCACGUACGCAUUAUACUAUGGGCAAGGUCGUGUGAUCCACGUAUGGAGUCCGUCUCGACGACAAUUUCGAGUUCGUGUGGAUUCCUUACGUGGUCUCAAUGCUUCCGGGUAUGUGGCGACGAUCUGCUCAAGAGAGUUAGAUAAGUUCUUUUACGAGCUGUUAAAUAUUAUUCCUCUUGCAAAGCCCAAAGAAUCAAUUUGGUGCGCUACAACAGCAUUGCACGCUACGGCGGCCUCCCGUUUGUCAAACUUAUGUUUUAUAUUAUUUGCUCGAUACGGUGAUACUAUUUUCAAGCUAUUGCAGUUACUCAAAGAGGCGUAUUCGCUGACCUUUGACGACUGGAUGCUUGGGAAGCCAAGCGAUGAAAGCUUACAAGUCGAUGAGUCUCCUUUGGAUUCACCAGUUCAUCUGGUUGGACACAGCAAUAAAGUUGAUGUUAACCACCAAGCUGCUCUAUCUACACAACCCGCUAUCAAGAUGUUUUUCGGAAGUGUCGGUGACCUACUAAUGAGCGAGUGGCUUGGUAAAUUACUCAGCGACUUCUUUAAGGAUUCUCGCACAAGGAGUAAUUGGUAUUCCAUCACCAUGCCUUCCGUCAUCAACUGCCUCUCUCCGCUUUUUCUGCAGUUCGACAUCCCGCUGAAGAGAUUUCAAGUACGCUACGACGUUGCACGGGGACUACCGCAGCGUAUGGCAGAUGAUCGCAUGGAAUGCGGAGUCUGCUGGAUGAGUUUUACGUCCGUUAGGGUCAUGCUCUUCAAGUGCGAGCACUACAUCUGUGCCCCGUGCCUUCGCUUGUUAUCGCGUCAAGAGUGUCCGUAUUGCCGUGGACCGAUUCUGAAUGCGGAACCUUUGGGUGAGUGUGUGAAGCGCGAGGCAAGUCGCCUUCUAAAUAAAGCAAUGGAGCCCGAUAGAAAACCUGGACCCUCGUUGUUGCAGUGA